AUGCAUCAUCAACUUCCUUCUCUAUCAUCCUCUGUUUCGAGCAAUUCAUCCUUGUCAUCACCAUCGUCACCAACGGGGCCUUCAGCAUCAUCCGAGCCACAGCAACAACAACAGCAACGGCGGCAAGGUUUACCUCCACAGCGGUCAGCAUCAGCCGGAGCGCUUAUGCGACAACAACAACAGCAACAACAACAACACCAUCAUCAUCACCAUCAUACAGCAGCAGUUUUUCGGCAUAGUUGCCAUGCACCAUUACGUCCAGCUUCAUGGAUUGACGACGAGCGACGCAUUUCUUUUACCCAGCAAAACCAGGGUAUCGUGCAACCCCAUCAUCAUCACCACCAACACACACCUUCUAUAGCCACCACAUUACAAUUACCCAUCGUACAGCCCUUGGAACCAUUGUCACCCACGAAUACAGAAUCCCCAUCAUCGCAAAGACAUACCAUGUUGUGGGAUGAAUCUCAAUUGGCCAUGGAACUUGCAGAGGAUGACUUGAUGGAUGAUACCCACAUCAAACGGAGACGAUCAGCCCGGCGGAUUAAAGAGAAACUCAUGAGCACGAUUAUUCCCCAACAACAAGAUCUUGCCAACAGCAUGCCCAAUGACCGAGAUAUGCAAGCCGUAUCACCCACGACGAGUAACAGGAUUGCUCGAUCGCUCAAAAAAUUGACUGGAUUCAUCUUUUGA